AUGCGCGAGUACAUUCGCCGCCUUGCCGAGCUUUAUGUUUGGACUCGUGCUGGCAAGCCGGCCGAUCAAGACAGCUGGGGGCCGUACUUAGUCCAUCUAAGAGAUACCCAGAUGGUGGUACAGGAGUUUCUCGACACGGAGCCCUUCGCCGGCACCGGCUCAGAAAGAUACGCCCCUUUCCCUUCCCUCGAGAACUACUUGAGUAAAACUAUAAGAACUCUUCGUCAACUCGACAUUCUUAAGAAGUUUGUUCGGUCGCCGCGUUCUCCCCAGCUUUUUUCUUUGCCCUUCAACAUCUUGAAGCAACCAUCAAUCUCCACAAAGAGUAUUGUGAUCCCUCAAACAGCCAGUCAUUGGGAGGACGUCCUCGAUCGUGCUGCGGGGAUUUAA